AUGAACUCGUCUGAUAAGCUAAUAACAAAUACCAGGUACCUUCAGGACUACGAGUACAGCAUCCAACUGAACCGUUGGUUUCUGAAGCCCAUCGGAGUUUGGCCAAGGGCAUCCACCGCCAGCAUCGCCGAGAAAAUCUUGGCAAUCGUGUUGAACGUAGCCUGUCACGUGCUGAUCAUCUUCACGUUCGUGCCAUGUUUGCUGUUUAUAUUGUUCGAAGAAGCGAGCUUUCAAACGAGAAUAAAGGCGAUCGGACCUAUGAGUCAUUGGAUAAUGGGCGAACUUAAUUACUGUUUUCUGACGAUGAGAGGUCAGGAUAUUCUUCAUUGCAUCGAGCAUAUAGGAAGCGACUGGCAGACAGUCAAACGAGCCAGCGAUCGAGAGGUGAUGCUGAAGAACGUCAAGUUUGGACGUUUGAUCGCCUGCCUCGCCGCGGUCGGCAUGAACGUGGGUGUCUUCUCCUACAUCGUCAUAGGAUUCCGUAAAAUCGUGUUCCACGUCGGCAACGAGAGCUUUCUGAUGUAUCGGUUACCCUGUCCCGUUUAUACGAAGCUGCUGAACGUGAAAUUAAGUCCAGCUAAUGAGAUAGUGUUCGCUCUUCAAGUACUGUCGGGGUUCAUCGUCAACUCCGUAACUGUCGGAGCCUGCGGAUUGGCCGCCAUCUUGGCGAUGCACGCUUGCGGACAGUUGAACGUUAUGAUGUCCCGGAUGGACGAGCUAGUUGGAGCUGGAGUGGAAGAACAGAGGGUUGUUAAGAAAAAACUGGCUGAUAUUGUGGAACAUCAUCUGAGAACGCUGAGUUUUGUGUGGUAUAUAGAGAAAAUUAUGAAUCUGAUUUGUCUGGUUGAAUUAGUCGGAUGUACGGUGAACAUAUGCGUGCUGGAGUAUUAUAUUAUUACGGAGAAAUCAAAGGAUACGUUAGCAUCAUAUGCAAUCAUAUACGCAUCCAUGAGUUUCAAUAUAUUCAUAUUUUGUUAUAUCGGUGAAAGGCUGACGGAACAGUGUAAAAAGGUUGGAGAAAAAGCAUACUCGGUGGAAUGGUACCGUUUAUCACACAGAACUGCUCUUAGCCUGGUGAUGAUAAUCUCUAGAUCCAGCAUGGUGAUCAAAAUCACUGCUGGCAAGAUUAUACGGAUCUCCCUAGCAACUUUCGGCGAUGUGAGUAUCAAGACCUUAAUCGCAUAA